CCAUGGCAACCACACCACUGAGAAGGAAAGUUGAGAUUUUAGUUUUUUUCUUUUAUUUAAUCGAUAAGCAUGCAGAAGAUGACGUCUCUCUUCCAUAAACUCAGAGGCGACACUUUGACAUAAAAAAUGCCAGCCACAAAAGUUAUUAAGCCAGAACCAGUGGAAGCUGCGAGAAAGACCCUCGAGAAAACCAAACCGGUGAAGGUACGGGCGGUUAACGGAGGACAAAGUGAACUCAAAGUACCGGCUGUGCGUAAAAGUCGCGCGUCGAGCUGCCCGAGGUGUCCGCAGCGGGACAGGUGUGAGCGUCGCACCGGACCGCAGGGCGCCGCAGUCCAAAGAAGCUGUGAUAGGAGGACCAGGUCCAGCUCCACCGCCCCCAAACCGUCCACAAACUGCUCCAGGACAAACCCGGACUAUCAGAGGGCGACCAACUCUGUGAUACAUGCUGCCGUUAACCCAAAAUGCCGGGAGAUGACCGCCUGUCAGAGGGAGCAGCGGGGGGUCAGGGCUGAGACGAGGCACGCAAGUCAGAGUCACAAAGCUUUCACCAUCAUCCCCCCGAACCCCAAGAAAAGAAGAGAGAUCCAGAGAAAGGCGGAGGCGGAGCUCGCCGCAUUAGAGGAGCUUCGUCUGAGCAGAGCAAUGGCUUAUGUCUCCAUUAACCCCAGCAGUGUUGGUGGCUGUAUGAGUCUGGAGGAAGUGCGCUUGAAGCAGCAGCAGGAAAUGAUGCAAGCCAAGAGGAAACAGAAACCGAUGAAGAAACAAGUGAUGGAGCAAACAUCUGUACUGAAAUGCUAAGUGUCACUUUUCCGCCUGUCUCUGCUGGGAGCUCAGCUCCUCGCUGUGGCUGUUGAACACAGUUUUAAAAAUAUUAAAAUACAAAAUGAAAUGUAAAAUUACAUUAUUUGUAUUGAAAGCAUGACAUAGCUCUAGCUAUAGUUAUUCUGUAUGUUUUGUAAAUAGUUGUUUAGUAUGUUAUACAUUGUGUAUUUUGCAUAGAAAAUAUGUCUCAUAUACAGUUUAAAGGGGUUGUUCACCCAAAUUACGAAAAUAAUUUUAACUUUUUUGUUUUCUCACUUACCACUUGGAGAAUCUGGAAAAACACAAACUGGCAACCCAAAAGUUUUUUUUUUUUCUUAAUGUUUGGCAGCAUUACAAAUGAAGCAUUACAAAUGGACAAAACAAAGCCAUUUAAUCUUACAAAGCCUUAUUAUUAGAAAGUGGUGCCCUCAUUUGACUUAAGAAUUGAUUUGUGGCUCAUUUCAAGAUGUAAAUACUUAAUUAAAAACUUUACUCCUGAUGGAAACUAGCCAUGUAGAUAGAUUUAGUUUAAGCUGUCCAUGUAAGAUUUCUGUUUCUGCCGCCACCCACAUACAAUUGAUGUUAUUGGACUCCACCCAUUUAAAAAACUCAUUUUAGAAACUCAGAAGCAGUGAGUUUCUCUAGAAGUGAUGUAGAAGUGUUGUCCUAGUUACAGUAGAUAAUUCACAGAACAAAAAUAAAGCAUUCCUCUCAAGUCUGAUAUCAUGUCAGUUUAAGUGUACACUGUAUUGAGAGAAUUUUCACAGCUUUACCUUGCUGUCAGACAGUGAUUUCCAACAGAAAAUUAAGUUUCUACAAGCUUUCUGUAAAGUCAGACUCAGUGACUCUACUGCUGCCUCAAUCAGUUAGGAUGUUUAUGUUACUGUGUGACUUUGGCAUUUCAAGGAGCUGGUUCAGAUUCACCAAAGUCACACAAUAACACAAAUUAACUAACUGAUUGAAGCAGUAGUAGACCAGCAGCCCCUGCGUUCAGUGAGCUAAAAUUAUUGUUUUUCUCAAUGGAGUCUGGUGGCUUUGAGCAUGUAUGGGGAACUAAAGUCGUUAGCUGCUUCCCAGUCGAAAUGGGCUGUCUUUUGGAAAGGUAAAGCAGUAAAAAUACUCUCAAUAUAGCGUACACUUUAAGUGAUAUCGAUUUUUUUAGGUGGCUAAAAUACCUUUUGUUGCUGACCCCAUCCACAGCAGUACAUUGCUUAGCUUUUGUGUUGUAUGCCUGCCUACUUCUCCAAACUGGGGUGUACUGACUGACAUCUAUUGUAGGUAACACACUGACCUCAUAGGUACCUCAUACAACCCCACCUCAAAAAAACAAACAAUCCCUUUAAAGUGGGCCUAUAAAGUUGCAUAAAAUUAAAACACUCAAGUAAAGCAAACUCAUAAUUGUUCUCAACAACAGUAGGUGAGUAAAUCUACUUUAUUCCUAUCCAGCAUUGCAAAAUUGACAUUAAUUACAGAUGGCCAUAGCAGGCACACACAAAUACACUCUUUAAGUGCUGUUAAUUUUUCCUAAAGGUUCCUGAGUUUUUGUGUUGACUUAGAUUGUUAAAAGUAGCAUUAUUAUUAUUAUUAUUUUUAUUUUAUUGAAAUCUACAUCUGUGAAGCAGACAUCAAAGGGCAUUGACAAAUAUGCACAUCAUAUAUUUACACAGAAAAAUUACCCAUAGUAGUUUAAAUGUUGAUCCUUGGACAGCUUUCACUUUUGUACCUUAUUCAAGGCGUGGUCUGUAAACACAUCACGCCAUUCUUACAUAGGGCGUGUAUUACGCAGAUGAUUGGCAGAGAUGUAAAGUGAGUCACUGUAAAUGACUCCGAAUCUGUUGUGCACUUUUUCACCUGUACUGAAACAAAACCACGGCCAAUAAAAGGAACAUG